AUGUGGAGAGCCAGCAGCAGUGGUUCCUGUGGCAGCUGCCACAGCAGCAUCACCAUCUCUGGGAAGCCAUGGAACAUGGGGGACCUGCGGGAGAUGGGAGAGGGAGGAACAACCAUCACUAUGAAGCCAACACCACAUCCCAGAGACACGCCGAGGUGGAGUUCGAAGCACUACUGGCAGAUCCUGUCCUUCUUGUUUGCCAUCCAGGAGAUCAACCAGGAUCCCAGGAUCCUGCCCAACAUUACCCUCGGUUACAACAUCUAUGAGACCUAUUUCAAUGCAAGGAUGACCUCCGAUGCCAUGCUAGACUUCUUUGCUGGUGGAGAAAACAACAUUCCAAACUACCGUUGUGGAAGAUGGAAUAACCUGUCGGCUGUCCUUGAAGGAACUAAUUCUGAAAUUUCCAACCAGAUUUCAAUCAUGUCUGGCCUUUACAAAAUCCCACAGUUUCACACGUUCUUAAGAGAAAUCCGCUUUUCAAAUUCUUCCAUGGGCGGACUGGGUUUUGACGAGAAAGGGGAGCUGAUAGACAACUUUGAUAUCAUGAACUGGGUCCUAUUUCCUAAUCAAUCCAAUGGCAUUGUGAAAGUUGGGAGCGUUGAGGGACGGACAUCCUCCAGCAUAAAGUUCACCAUUAGCCCGGAAGCCAUUGUGUGGCCUGGGAUGUUUAACACGACUGUGCCUCGUUCCAGGUGCACUGAAAGCUGUCGCCCUGGAUAUGCCAAGGAGAUUCAGGAAGGCCAGCCGGUUUGCUGCUAUGCUUGUGCUCCGUGUGCGGAAGGGACCAUCUCCACUCAGGAAGAUGCAGAGCAUUGCACCAUAUGUCCAGAGGAUCAACAUCCCAACAAAGACCGAGACCAAUGUAUCCCCAAGAAUGUCACCUACCUGUCCCAUGAAGAAUAUUUAGGGAUCAUUCUAGCUUCCUUUGCCUUCUUAUUGUCCUUUACCACAGGCUUUGUGUUAGGAAUCUUUGCUAAAUACAAAGAAACCCCGAUAGUCAAAGCCAACAACCGGGACCUAUCAUUCAUCCUCCUCGUCUCUCUCUUGCUUUGCUUUUUGUCUCCCUUUCUGUUCAUCGGCCGGCCCAGGAAAGUGACUUGUCUUCUCCGACAGAUGGCCUUCAGCAUCAUCUUCACAGUCGCUGUGUCUUCUGUCUUGGCCAAAACCAUCACUGUGGUGCUGGCCUUCCUGGCCACAAAGCCAGGGAACAGAAUGAGAAAAUGGCUGGGGAAGGGUUUGUCCAACUCCAUUGUCAUUUCCUGUUCCAGUGUCCAAGUUGUCAUCUGCACCAUCUGGCUGGGUGUCUCUCCACCAUUCCCAGACUCUGACAUGCACUCCCAGCCUGGACACAUCAUCCUGCAAUGCAAUGAAGGGUCGGUUGCCAUGUUUUAUGGUGCCCUUGGCUACAUGGGCUUCCUGGCUGCUAUUUGCUUCACGGUGGCUUUCCUAGCCAGGAAACUGCCUGGGGCCUUCAAUGAAGCCAAGCUGAUCACCUUCAGCAUGCUGGUCUUCUGCAGUGUUUGGAUCUCCUUUGUGCCCACCUACCUGAGCACAAAGGGGAAAUACAUGGUAGCCGUGCAGGUCUUCUCUGUCUUGGCCUCCAGCGCUGGCCUUCUGGGCUGCAUCUUCCUCCCCAAAUGCUAUAUUAUUGUACUCAGACCUGACCUGAAUAUGAAGGAGCAUUUAACAACAAAAACAAAAGAUAGUGUCUGA